AUGGACUCCUUUCAUGUGAUGCUCUCUCACAACGCCGGUAUCCGCUCUUCCCUCCCUGCAGGCAUAGUAGCCGUCUUUGUUGGCGCUACCAGCGGCAUCGGAGCAGCAACCCUAAAGGCAUUCGCCAAGUAUAACCGUGCCCCCCGCGCGUACUUUGUCGGUCGCUCGCAGACUGCAGCAGACACGAUUAUUGCCGAAUGCAAGGCCCUUAACCCUGGGGGCGAGUAUGUCUUCAUCGAAGCGGAUAUUAGCCUCAUCCGCACGGUAGACGAAGUCUGUGCGCGCAUCAAGGCGAGGGAGACCCGGCUAGAUAUUCUCUUUUUGAGCCAGGGAACCGCGAGCCUGGAGCGCAACAAGACACCCGAAGGCCUACACCUGCUGACAGCACUGGCCCAUUACUCGCGCACGCGAUUCAUUGCCAAUCUCCUGCCCCUUCUCGAGCAUGCCUCGUGCCUUCGCCGCGUGGUGACCGUUGGUGCAGCUGGCUUCGAGGGUCCCAUUGACACGUCGGACUUUGGCGCUCUCCAUGUGGCUCCGGGACAGGUUCGCGGGCAUGUGGCAACGCUUAUAACGCUCGGCUUGGAGGCUCUCGCUCGACAUGCGCCCUCAGUUUCCUUUAUCCACAGCUACCCUGGCACGGUGGACACACCCUUGACGAGGAGAGUCAUGUCCGGUACUGGAGCUGCGCCGGUGGACUGGAUGAACCCGACCGAGAGCGGGGAGCGGCAUCUAUAUCUUUUGACAAGUUCGCGGUAUCCGGGCCGGAAUGAAGACGCUGAUUUGGCGCAGUUGGAUGGCGAUGGUGUGUCGGAUCCCGACGUCAUCCGUGGUACCGACGGAAAGCUUGGAAGUGGGGUGUACGCUGUGGGAUUGGAUGGAGAGUGUGUAACUAUGGAAACAUUGGGCUUUCUAGACACCUUGCGGAAAAACGAAAUGGUCGAUCUGGUGUGGGAGCAUACGGUGGGCGAGUUUGAGAGAAUCGCCCGAGCAAUUUGA